CUUUUCUCUCCCCAUUCUCUACUCCUCUCUCUACCUCCUGUCUUUCCUCUAUCUCUCCCGUCCCCUUCCUCCCUCUUUCUCUCCCCUUCUCCCCCUCUCACCCUCUCCCCUCCACUCCUCCCUCACUCUCUCCCUUCCACACUUAUUCACUGCCAUUCUUGCUCAUUUCUUUCUCCAACCCCUCCUCCAUCUCCAUCCCUCAUCCCUUCUGCCCCACACCCUCUCCCUCUCCCCAUUUUUCCUUCCCUGCCUCUGUCCCUUAUGUCUCCGUCUUUGUUCCUGCUGUAUCCACCCCCAUGAAACUCCCAGACAGCUGAAGGAUAUCUGUCUCUCCCAGUGUGAUGUUUAUUCACGCUGAAAACUCCCAACAAUAGACAAGGACUAAAUUUACAGGCGCCUGCGUCAUCCAGCUGUCUUGUGUGAAUUCCUUCGCCUGACAUUUAAGAGCUUCCAUUUCGAGAGGACCUUGUUCUAAGUCAGAGUUAUUUUGGACCUUCAGAUAAUAGAGCUGAGAUAAUCUGACAUGUCACCAGGUAUAGGGAGAUGCAAAAGGACACGGAUUUACCAAAGCAUCACACCAUGCACUGUCCCCAUUCCUGUAUCCCUGGGUCAGACACACGUCAGGAGCACUGUACUCAAAAUCCCCUGGGUUGAACCCACACCUGGAGCUCUGUGCACAAUUGUCUGUAUCCUCAUGAGUCUGUCACACUAAGAAUACUGCACAUGGUUCUUGUCUCCCUAUCCCUGGGUCAGGAGCACCAUGCACAAUUGUUUCUGUAUCUGUGGGUCAGACCCACACCAGGAGCAGCGUGCACAGUUACCAUUUCUGUAUCCCCAAGUCACACCCUCACUGAGGAUACUGUGCACAGUUUCCAUCUCUGUUCCCCUGAACCAGAUCCACACGGAGCGCCGUGCACUGUUCCUGUCUCCAUAUCCCUCUGGGCCAGACUCACACCAGGAGCACUGUGCAUAGUCACUAUCUCCAUAUUCUUGGCUCAGAACCAUACUGGGAGCACCAUGUGCAGUUCCCGUCUCUGUAGUCCUGACUCAGACCCUCAGUGGGAGCUCACCAGGGCGUGUUACAGAGCAGAGUACCUGACUAGGAGUACGCUGAAAGUGGAGUCAGGUGGACAGGGUGGUGAAGAGAGUGCUUGGCCCGCUGGCUUCAUUCGUCAGGGCACUGAGUAAAGGAGUUGGCAUGUUAGGUAGCAGUUGUCCAAGGCUUAGGCUUUGGUGAGGCCGCACUUGGAGGAUUGUGUUCAGUUUUGGUUAUACUGUUGUAGGAAAGACGUGGUUAACACAGAGGGUGCAGAGACAAUUCACGAGUAUGUUGCUAGAACCUGAGAGCCUGUGUUGUAGGGCAAGGUUGCCCAGUUUAGGUCAUUGUUACCUGGAAUGUAUGGGAAUCACAAGUUUAGUAUCUCUGGCAUAUGUCAUGAAAUUUGUUACAAUGUACAAUGCAAUACAUGAUAAUAUAGAAAGAAACUGAAUUACAGUAAGUAUAUAUUAAAUAAUAAAAUUAGUGCAAAAACAGAAAUAAAAGUGCAGUGAGGUAGCAUUCAUAAGUUGAAUGUUCAUUCUGAAAUCUGAUGGCAGAGGGGGAAAAAAUUGGAUAGGUAUAUGGACAGGAAAGGAAUGGAGGGUUAUGGGCUGAGUGCGGGCCAGUGGGACUAGGUGAGAGUAAGCAUUCGGCAUGGACUAGAAGGGCCGAGAUGACCAGUUUCCGUGCUGUAAUUGUUAUAUGAUUAUAUUCUAUAUGGGAAGAAGCUGUUCCUGAAUCACUGAGUGUGUGCCUUCAGGCUUCUGUAUCUCCUUCCUGAUGUAACAAUGAGAAGAGGACGUGUCCUGGGUGAUGUGGGUCCUUAAUGAUGGACACCAACUUUUUGAGGCACUGCUCUUUGGAUAACAAGGAGACUAGUGCCCAUGAUGGAGCUGACUAAUUUUACAAUUCUUUGCAGAUUACUUUGAUCCUGUGCAGUAGCUACCCCCCGCCCCCUCCACGAAUACCAGAAGUCAGAUUGCUCUCCACGGUACAUCUGCAGAAGUUUUUGAGUGUUUUAGGUGAUCCAAAGCUGCGUGGAGAGCCAUUGAGAUCGCAUCUGCUGUAGACCUAUUGUGACGAUAAGCAAAUUGCAAUGGGUCCAGGUCUUUGCUGAGGCAGGAAUUGAUUCUAUCCAUGACCAACCUCUCAAAGCAUUUCAUCACCGUAGAUAUCCCAGGCAAUACUUGUCAGAAUCUGCCUUUCCUUCACAAACUCUUGCAACUGCUAAGGUGUGACCAUGGGUGACGCAGUGAUGAAUGAGUAUGGAGCUGCAGCUAGCUUCCUGCGGAAGUCGGAGCGGGAACGUCUGGAGGCUCAGACCAAGCCUUUUGACCUGAAGAGGGACAUCUUCGUCCCAGACUCAGUGCAGGAGUUCAUCAAGGCCAAAAUCACCAGCCGUGAGGGUGGGAAGGUCACCGCUGAAACCGAGAAUGGCAAGACGGUGUCGGUGAAGGAGGAGGACAUCCUGAACCAAAACCCCCCCAAAUUCGACAAGAUCGAGGACAUGGCCAUGCUGACCUUCCUGAACGAGCCUGCCGUCCUCUACAACCUGAAGGAGCGCUACGCUGCCUGGAUGAUCUACACGUACUCCGGGCUGUUCUGUGUGACAGUGAACCCGUACAAGAUGUUGCCAGUCUACAAUGCUGAGGUGGUGGCUGCCUAUCGUGGCAAGAAGCGUUCUGAGGCCCCGCCACAUAUCUUCUCCAUCUCCGACAAUGCUUACCAGUAUAUGUUGACGGAUAGAGAAAAUCAAUCCAUCCUGAUCACUGGUGAAUCUGGUGCUGGGAAGACGGUGAACACCAAAAGGGUGAUUCAGUACUUUGCCAGCAUCGCUUCUGGUGCGUCAAUGAAGAAGGAAGCUGCAACCAGCAACAAGGGGACUCUGGAAGAUCAAAUCAUCCAGGCUAACCCAGCGCUGGAAGCUUUUGGCAAUGCCAAGACCGUACGGAAUGACAACUCUUCCCGAUUUGGAAAGUUCAUCCGGAUUCAUUUUGGAGCCACAGGGAAGCUGGCGUCGGCUGACAUCGAGACCUACCUCCUGGAGAAAUCGCGGGUGAUCUUUCAGCUGAAGUCAGAGAGGAAUUACCACAUCUUCUACCAAAUCCUAUCUAACCGCAAGCCCGAACUUCUAGAGAUGAUGCUGGUCACAAACAACCCUUACGACUACUCCUUCAUCUCACAGGGGGAGACCACGGUCGCCUCCAUUGACGAUGCUGACGAGCUGAUGGCUACUGACAAUGCCUUCGAUAUCCUCGGCUUCACAACGGACGAGAAGAUGGGAAUUUACAAGCUGACUGGGGCAAUCAUGCACUUCGGGAACAUGAGGUUCAAGACCAAACAAAGGGAGGAGCAGGCUGAACCAGAUGGCACUGAAGAGGCUGAUAAGUCCGCCUACCUAAUGGGUCUGAACUCCUCGGACCUGCUGAAGGGUCUCUGUCAUCCCCGGGUGAAAGUCGGCAACGAGUAUGUCACCAAAGGACAGAAUGUGCAACAGGUGACGUACGCGGUGGGAGCCCUGGCCAAAUCUGUCUAUGAGAAGAUGUUCAACUGGAUGGUGGUGAGAAUCAACCACACCCUGGAGACCAAGUUGCCCAGACAGUAUUUCAUUGGAGUGCUGGACAUCGCCGGCUUCGAGAUCUUCGACUUUAACUCCUUUGAGCAGCUCUGCAUCAACUUCACGAACGAGAAGUUGCAACAGUUCUUCAACCACCACAUGUUCGUGCUGGAGCAGGAGGAGUACAAGAAGGAAGGCAUCGAGUGGGAGUUCAUUGACUUUGGCAUGGACCUGCAGGCCUGCAUCGACCUCAUUGAGAAGCCAAUGGGGAUCAUGUCCAUUCUGGAGGAAGAGUGCAUGUUCCCGAAGGCCAGCGACAUGACCUUCAAGGCCAAACUCUACGACAACCACUUGGGCAAGUCAGGGAACUUCCAAAAGCCACGGUUGGUAAAGGGCAAGCCAGAGGCUCACUUCGCACUGGUCCACUACGCCGGUACUGUCGACUACAACAUCAUCGGCUGGCUUCAGAAGAACAAGGAUCCACUCAAUGAGACCGUGGUUGGCCUCUACCAGAAGUCCUCCGUAAAACUCCUCGCCCAUCUCUUUGCCAACUAUGCUGGCACUGAUUCAACAACGGAGAAGAAAGGAACCAAGAAAAAGGGGUCCUCGUUCCAAACUGUGUCUGCACUGCACAGGGAGAACUUAAACAAGCUAAUGGCCAACCUGAGAUCCACCCACCCACACUUCGUCCGCUGCAUUAUUCCGAAUGAGCAGAAGGCACCAGGUAUGAUGGAGAACCCCCUGGUCAUGCAUCAGCUCCGCUGUAAUGGUGUCCUGGAAGGAAUCCGUAUUUGCCGGAAGGGAUUCCCCAACCGGAUUCUGUAUGGGGAUUUCCGACAGAGGUACCGGAUCCUAAAUCCAGCCGCCAUUCCUGAGGGACAGUUUAUCGACAGCAAGAAGGGUGCCGAGAAGCUGCUGGGCGGUUUGGACAUCGACCACAACCAGUACAAGUUUGGGCACACCAAGGUCUUCUUCAAGGCUGGGCUGCUGGGUCACCUGGAGGAACUGCGUGACGAGUGUCUGGCUCGGAUUAUCACCCGUAUCCAGGCCCGGUCCCGCGGCAUGUUGAUGCGCAUCGAGUACAAGCGGAUCGUGGAGCGCAGAGAUGCACUGCUGGUGAUCCAGUGGAACGUGCGGGCGUUCAUGGGGGUGAAGAACUGGCCCUGGAUGAAGCUGUACUUUAAGAUCAAGCCCUUGCUGAAGUCGGCCGAGAGCGAGAAGGAAAUGGCUUCCCUCAAGGAGGAGUUCCUGCGGCUGAAGGAGGCGCUGGAGAAGUCGGAGGCGCGGAGGAAGGAGCUGGAGGAAAAGACUGUGUCCCUCCUCCAGGAGAAGAAUGACCUGCUGCUGCAGAUGCAGACUGAGCAGGACAACCUGACGGACGCGGAGGAGCGCUGCGACCAGCUGAUCAAGAACAAGCUGAACCUGGAGGCGAAGGUGAAGGAGCUGGGCGAGCGACUGGAGGAAGAGGAGGAGGUGGGGGCAGAGCUGACGGCCAAGAAGCGGAAGCUGGAGGACGAGUGCUCUGAGCUCAAGAAAGACAUCGAUGACCUGGAGCUCACCCUGGCCAAGGUGGAGAAGGAGAAACACGCCACAGAAAACAAGGUGAAGAAUCUGACGGAGGAGAUGGCAAGCCAGGACGAGGUGAUUGCUCGGCUGACCAAGGAGAAGAAGGCGUUGCAGGAGGCGCACCAGCAGACACUGGACGACCUGCAGGCCGAGGAGGACAAAGUUAACACCCUCACCAAGGCCAAGAGCAAACUGGAGCAGCAGCUGGACGACUUGGAGGGCUCCCUGGAGCAGGAGAAGAAAGUGCGGAUGGACCUGGAGCGAGCGAAGAGGAAGCUGGAGGGGGACCUGAAGCUCUCGCAGGAGUGCGUGAUGGACCUGGAGAACGACAAGCAGCAGCUGGAGGAGAAACUCAAGAAGAAGGACUUUGAGAUCAGCCACCUGAACAGCAAGGUCGAGGACGAGCAGGCUCUGGCUAUUCAGCUGCAGAAGAAACUCAAAGAACUGCAGGCGCGGAUUGAGGAGCUGGAGGAGGAGCUGGAGUCGGAGAGGGGGGCUCGGGCUCGCGUGGAGAAGCAGCGCUCAGAGCUGUCCCGGGAGCUGGAGGAGGUCAGCGAGCGGCUGGAGGAGGCCGGCGGAGCCACCUCGGCCCAGAUGGAGCUCAGCAAGAAGCGGGAGGCCGAGUACCUGCGCCUGAGGCGGGACCUGGAGGAGGCGACGCUGCAGCACGAAGCCACGGCCUCCGCCCUGCGCAAGAAGCACGCGGACUCAGCGGCCGAGCUGGGCGAGCAGAUCGACAACCUGCAGCGGGUCAAGCAGAAGCUGGAGAAGGAGAAGAGCGAGCUAAAGCUGGAGCUCGACGACGUCAGCUCCAACAUGGAGCAGCUCGCCAAGGCCAAGGCAAACCUGGAGAAGCUGUGCCGAUCCCUGGAGGAUCAAAUGAAUGAGCAUCGGACCAAGUCCGAGGAGGGUCAGAGGGCACUCAGCGACAUCACCACCAGCAGGGCCAAGCUGCAGACCGAGAACGGCGAACUUCAGCGACAGUUGGAAGAGAAGGAGGCGCUGAUCUCCCAGCUGAGCCGGGGCAAGCUCUCAUACACCCAGCAGGUCGAGGACCUCAAGAGGCAACUGGAGGAGGAGGUGAAGGCAAAGAAUGCCCUGGCGCACGGCAUGCAGUCGGCCCGCCACGACGCCGAGCUGCUGCGGGAACAGUACGAGGAGGAACUCGAGGCGAAGGCCGAGCUGCAGCGCCUCCUCUCCAAGGCCAACGCCGAGGUGGCCGGCUGGAGGAACAAGUACGAGACCGAUGCCAUCCAGCGCACCGAGGAGCUCGAGGAGGCUAAGAAGAAGCUGGCCCAGCGGCUUCAGGAGGCUGAGGAGCAGGUGGAGGCGGUGAACGCCAAGUGCUCUUCGCUGGAGAAGACCAAGCACCGGCUACAGAAUGAGAUUGAGGACCUGAUGAUCGAUGUGGAGCGAUCGAACGCUGCCGCCGCUGCCCUCGACAAGAAGCAGAGGAACUUCGACAAGUUGCUCGCGGAGUGGAAGCAGAAGUUUGAGGAGUCCCAGACAGAGCUGGAAGCUUCGCAGAAGGAUGCCCGCUCCCUCAGCACUGAGCUGUUCAAGCUCAAGAACGCCUAUGAGGAGGCACUUGACCACCUGGAGACGCUCAAGAGGGAGAACAAAAUCCUCCAAGAGGAGAUCUCGGACCUGACGGAGCAGUUGAGCGAGCGGGGGAAGAGUGUUCACGAGCUGGAGAAGAUCAGGAAGCAGCUGGAUCAGGAGAAACAGGAACUGCAGGCGGCACUGGAAGAGGCGGAGGGCACCCUGGAGCACGAGGAGGGGAAGAUACUUCGCGCACAGCUUGAGUACAGCCAGCUGAAGGCAGACAUGGAGCGUCGUGUGGCGGAGAAGGAGGAGGAGAUGGAACAGGCAAAGAGGAACCAGCAGCGGGUGGUGGACACUUUGCAGAGCUCCCUCGAGGCGGAGACUCGCAGCCGAAACGAGGCGCUGAGGGUGAAGAAGAAGAUGGAAGGAGACCUGAAUGAGAUGGAGGUGCAGCUGAACCUGGCCAACCGCCAGGUGGCCGAGGCCCACAAGCAGAGCAAGACACUGCAGACCUCGCUGAAGGAGGUGCAGCUGCAGCUGGAUGACACACUGAGACUAAGUGAGGAGCUGAAGGAGAGUGCAGCAAUGGCUGAACGACGGGGAAACCUGCUCCAGGCCGAGCUGGAGGAGCUGAGGGCACAGCUGGAGCAGGCAGAGCGCGGGCGCAAGCUGGCUGAGACUGAGUUGAUCGAGAGCAGCGAGAGGGUGCAACUCCUGCACUCCCAGAACACAAGCCUGAUCAACCAGAAGAAGAAGCUGGAGAGUGACAUUGGGCAGCUGCAGGCUGAGGUGGAGGACUCGCUACAGGAGUCCCGCAACGCGGAUGAGAAGGCCAAGAAAGCCGUCACCGAUGCGGCCAUGAUGGCAGAGGAGCUGAAGAAGGAGCAGGACACGAGUGCCCACCUGGAGCGCAUGAAGAAGAACAUGGAGCAGACCAUCAAGGACCUGCAGCACCGGCUGGACGAGGCCGAGCAGAUCGCCAUGAAGGGCGGGAAGAAGCAGAUCCAGAAACUGGAGACUCGGGUCCGGGAACUGGAGAACGAGCUGGAGGCAGAGCAGAGGAGAUGCUCGGAGGCGGUGAAAGGGGCUCGCAAGUUCGAGAGGCGGAUCAAGGAACUGACCUACCAGACUGAGGAGGACCGUAAGAACAACAUCCGACUGCAAGACCUGGUGGACAAACUCCAACUCAAGGUCAAGGCCUAUAAGAGAUCGGCAGAGGAGGCAGAGGAACAGUCCAAUGCAAACCUGGCAAAGUUCCGGAAACUUCAACAUGAGCUGGAUGAAGCAGAGGAGAGAGCAGAUAUCGCAGAGAGUCAGGUCAACAAGCUGAGAGCCAAGACCCGGGAUGUUGGCAGCAAGAAACUGAUGGCUGAGGAAUGAACUCCACUGAGAAUGUUCUGGAAACCUGUGUAAAAUUUCUGUAGAAUAAAAGCCGUAAGCAAACUCUG